AUGCGAGAUAUUCAACUUGCGACGACUGAGAAAUUUACCUCGAGUAUCCUGAUUCAAGAACUAGCUACUAAGACAGUCAUAGUGGGCGAUAUCCCUUGGCCUCCGAAAUCCCCUCUUGCCGCGCUGAUGUCCUCUCCAAAUGGCCGCAAGAAAUUUGAAGAUAUCCAGAACAAAAGGCGGGCCGCCACCGAAUAUGGCAUAACAUCGGUAAAAGCGCGACGGAUAUUGGACGAAAAUUUGGAGGAUGAAGAGGACGAAGAUGAUGAAGAGACUUUACAACUCAAGCUUGCCGCAAUAGAGGCCCGGUUGAAGCUAAAAAAACUACAGCAGAGCAAGGCACGGUUGAAGCAGGCGGAUUCAGAAACUGAGAGAUGUGAUGAUCUCUCGGGGAGCGCAAGUCCAAGGAUAGAGAGCAAACUGCACCAUGCAAAUCGAAUACUGGGAGAACGGAAAAGGAAGGCUACGGACAUGGCAUUUCAAGAGAAUGUACAGGUUCCUCUUUCUCCAAUAAAAAGGCCACCCCCACCAACAGCCCCGAUAUCCCCACAAAGAGUUAUUUUAGGCAUUGAUAAGGGUCGCAAGGCGCCUGAUGUCUCGCUGAGGCGUCCGAAAUCCUUGUGUCUAAAUAGCUAUGACAACAAACAACUUAUUGGCCAUCGGACUGGAAACCUCUUUAAUAGAGCUGCGGGUUGUGAGACACAACUAUUGCCACCCGCUACCACAAGCCGCAUUGAAAGACCCAAGAGUUUUAGUGACCGGAUACUUGAGAGCAGGUCCACUGAUAAGGAGCGGAGGGAUAAGGCCUGGGCGUUACAGCGGAAAAGAACCACAGGUUUUGGCGUCGACAAGAAUGAACUGGAACGAUUCCACGCAGCGGCAAAGGAGUCAACAAUCAAUCUUGGAGCAGUUUCUACAAAACCCGAACGAUUGACAUCCCCCGUGCGUGUGGCAAAACCAUCUAUUGAGAAUAUACCCCCUACCUCACCGUCCAAGAGAGAGCGUGGUCAACUGUUGGGAAAUACUCGGAGUAACCUAGAUACCAAGCCAACCCGGACAGCGAGAAGCGAAUCCUCAUCUUCCAUAGGAACUGAGGUCAAACCGGCGGAUCCAACCAAAUUCGAACCCUUCUCUUCUUUACACCUCUCUACUCGCAUCCUACCCCAUUCAUUCCUUAAACGCACUUUCGAUUCGAAAACUACAAUGCGUAUUCCAGACCUCUUACGAAAAGUCAAAGGACCAGAAUUUGACUGCCCUGAAACGGACGGGGACUAUGUUGUCUUUGGUAUCGUGGGCUCCAAAUCAGCACCUAAGGAACAUAAAGAGAAGAAAAAUGAAGAUAAGAAUGAUGAGGAACCAGAGGAUGGGCUUAAUGCAAACAAAUACAUGGUCCUAACAUUAACAGAUCUGAAAUGGACCAUCGAUCUCUUCCUUUUUUCAACUGCCUUUCCCCGUUACUAUAGACUUGCCCCUGGAACAUUAAUUGCGGUAUUAAACCCUGCAAUAAUGCCUCCCCCACGCCAUAAGCUGCAUACAAAUGCCUUCAGCCUCACACUACACUCCUCCGAAGACACGAUCCUUGAAAUUGGAACUGCCCAGGAUAUUGGCUUCUGCAAGGCUGUUAAAAGAGAUGGCAAAUUAUGCGAGUCCUGGAUUGACUCUCGCAAGACGGAAUACUGUGAUUUCCACGUAGAGGCCCAACUUCGCAAAACUACUUCGGGGAGGAUGGAAGUUAAUAGCGGACCCGGUAUUUCGACUAGAUUUGGGGCACGUCCAGGCGGAUAUCGUGGCACCAGGAGAGACCAGAAUGGAUCCCAGGGAAGUGGCAUGCGAAGUAAUACGGAUAAGGAAGGAAAUUAUGACCGGGCAACAGGUACCAGGUACUACGUUGCACCGGCUACAAACCCAACCGGCGGGACCAGACAAAAUCGUUUUCCGGACAUAAAUAGCACAGCAUCCAGUCUGUUAGACGCAGAUGACCCAUUCAUCGAUGCAGCGUCCUUCAACCGAGGCGGAAACACCAAAGCAGAACGCCUUCGAAAGCGUCUCGCGGAUCAAGAGCGAGAGCGUACAAUCGCCAGAUCUCUGGGGGAAUUCAAAGGUGUUGGGGCAGAAUACCUUCGAGCCCAGCACAAGGACACCACUGAGGCUGAAGGGAAAAAAGAUUCUUCUACCAUGACCACAAACUCAAGCGCUACGAAUAGCCAGGGAGGGUCGAAUGGUAGCAGCUCAGGAAACGACCCCUUCCUUGGCCUCGAUAACCUCCAGAAAAAUGCAAGAGGUAUCAAACUUCGGCGUGAUAAGGAUGGGCCUCCAAUGGUGAAAAAGACGAGGUUUAUUACCGCGAAUGGAAUAAGGGAGGCUGGUAGAGAUAGCCUUGGACGAGCUACACGAGAUACAUCGGAUUAUAAUGAUGACUUAGACAUUGUAUAG